AUGAAGAUCAACCCCGCUCCUUUCCACAUGGCCCAGGCUGUCAUCACUGGCCUUGUUGUUGUCCUCAGCAUCGCUAUCCUCGGUACUUCGGCACACACUCUCCGUAUCUUCAACGAGCAACACCUGUCCAACCCAUGGUGGGCUCCCAUGUGGCCCCAGCACUUUGAUGUGCAAGGAACCAAGGCACUGGUCGCUUCUUCCGUGGUUACAUUGGUCCUCUGCGGCGCUUUCUUGAUCGCAUCAUUCAUUCCCAAGUUGGCACUUCGUCAGAAAUACACUCUGCGCGCGCUUCUUUCUUUGGCAACACUGCUCCCUACUCUUCUUCUUACGCUCAUUACUACUGUCUGGGCACACAUUCUCAACGGAAACGCACCCGAUGUCGACACCAUUCAGACAUGGACAUGUAAGAUGCAGAGCUCGCGGCCACUCGAGCAAGACCUACCUGAAGGCAUUGCUAUGCCGCCUGGCAUGGGCAACGGCGACUUCAAGUCGCUUUGUCAAUCGAGCAAGUUUGCGCUCUGGGGAACCCUUGUCGUCUUCCUGCUGGUCGGUGCCAGCACUGGUGUCACAAUGAUUACUUGGAUAGCAGACAAGUGGGCUGCCAGGCAGCACAGGAAGGAGGUCGAGAUGGGCAACAUCCCCGCCAAUCUACCUUGA